UUAAUCUUAUCUGUAUAUCUAAAAUGAUAAAAUGGAUAAAAUACAGUGAAACGAAACAAUGACAAUUUUUUAGUAAUUAAUUGGUUUUUCUUUAUUUGCCGUAAUUUCUGAUUGAAGAAUAUUUUUAAUACAAAUACAGAAUUAAACAUGAAGUCGAGUAAAAGUACUUUAACAGGAACACAUUGGGGUGAAUUACCUGUCCGAGAACUUCAUAAUCAAGAAAUAAUAACACCUGAUAUUAUUGAGAAUAUUUGGCGACAAGUUUUGGAAGCAAACGCCGAUAAUUCAGUUGAAAAUAAAGAGGAAAAGGAUUACGUUCUAAUGCCAUUGGGAAAUAUUCAUGUAUUAAAUACAAUUAAUUAUCAUGAACAAAUGAGAUCAAUGGACGAUGGUGAAAUUUUAAAGAAUAUCACAUCUAUAGAAGACGAAUCACCACCAAUAGAAUCGAAAAAUCUAUUUGGAUUUUUAAAUCCUCGACCAAGAAGAUGUUUUGUGAAAAAUAUAAAGAAAAAUUAUCCAACGAUAGAGCUGAGACCGGAAACUGCUCGUAGUUUAUUGAAGCAUUCAGUAAUUGUUCUAUUGGCGCACAUUGGAUAUGCAAAAUCAUCAGACAUGGCCGUUGAAACACUCACUGAUGUUGCUGAUUAUUUUCUCACAAGGAUUUGCCGCCUCUUGAAACUUGCUUCUGAACAAGACGAUUAUGGAUUUCCGGAUGCAAUGGAGAGAGUACUUAUUGAAUCGGGAAUCGGUGGUGUUGAAGGACUGCACAGUUAUUAUCAAAAUACAAUUUUAGGCUUUGAGCAACAUGUUAAGAAGAAAAUGGAGAAAGCAGUUGAGAAACAAAUCAUGGAACUUAACGCUAGCAGUACAAAAAUGGAAUUAGAUGAAAUUGCGAGUAGAUUUCAAUUUCAAGAUUUAGAUGAAUUCGGCAAUAUUAGUGAUCGAGAAGUUCCAACGCUUCAACUACUUGAUCCAGAUAUGGGAUUUCCACCAAGUCUCGAUGCAGGAUUUCAAAUGCUGCAUAGUCUUGAGCAGGACGAAUUAAAUAGUUUGGAAAUUGAAGACGAAGAAGUGAGCGUUAGCGAUUCUCCAGCUUCACAUCGACGUCCCGAUUUCAUUGCCGAGAAAAAGAAGUCUUAAUUUAUUUUUAUCUAGGAAGAAAUUUCUCAAUAAAAUGGUUUUAAAAUACUUUUAUUAAAUUAUGUAUUUUUUAA